AUGGCCGCCCCUACUGGCACUUCCAUGCUGAGCGCCCUGCUCCAGCUUCCCCUGGCCCCGUUCUCGGGGAAGUGCUCCGCGCCUUCGGCGGUCCACAUGACCGCCCGCCGCGCACCGACGCCCGUGCUGGCCGCCAAGGGCUACAACGUGCAGAUCGUGGUGGACGAGAACGAGGGGGAGGACUCCAUCUUCCGGCGCUUCCGGCGGGAGGUGAUGAAGGCCGGCCUGCUCCAGGAGAUCAAGCGCCGCCGGCGGCACGAGAACACCAAGGACAAGAAGAUCCGCAAGGCCCGCGAGGCCGGCCGCCGCAACCGCCGCAGGCGUAUGAUGGAUGAUCGUAGGUUCCCCGAAGACGAGGGAGACUCAGAGGCUGUGAGAACCCGCCGCGACGAGGACAACGACAACUGGGAGGUUAGCGGUAUUCUGUGA